CGCGAGUAUGCUAGUAGAAGAAUACUCGCCUAAUACUCUUCAGCCCUCAGUUCAACUCAGUCUGCAGACUUUGACGGGCACUUUGUGUAGGCAAUUGCCGCAGACUUCUUCCAUUUUUCACGUGUUCCUUUUUACAUGUGUUCACUUUUAAUUACCUUUUACGUGCGCGCGUUUUUCUUUAAUUUGUAAAUAUAUUUAUUUAUUUAUUUAUCUUUUACUUUGUUUCUUAUUAAAAAAAAUGUUAAUUGAAAGAAAACAAAUAUAAGAAAUGCGUUUGUUAUUUGUUGGUUGACUUUUUUUUCUUUACGUAAUUUAAAUAUUAUGCAUAUUGCAUACGCAUAUUUGAUUUUUGUAACGCGCUAAAAGUGUCUUCUUCUCUCCUGUACAGUGUGUAUUUAUACGUGAUCAAGUUUAUUUUAUUUUAUUUGAACUAAUUGAAACAAUGAAAUCAAGACAAACUAUCAACAUUGGUAAUAAAUAAGGUGCAAUUAAUCGACUUAGAAGAUAUGGAAGAAGAUAAAUUAUUAUGAGCAACAUUGGUACAUUAACGAUUCUUAUUUUGCUAACAACAUUUACUGAUCUUAAAGCAGUGACGGUUGUUAACCAUCAUCCUGAUGACGAAUAUGUUCUCGAACAUGAAGUUCUCUACGAAGAUGCGAUCAACGAAGCCAAGAAACUUGAGAUUUUCCCCGGGCCAAUCCCAGGUUGUAAACAUUGCACCAAUUCAGAGAUAACCUAUUGUAAAAAUGGAAGCGUCAUCAAUGAUCAUUGCUGUUGCGAUGGUAGUUAUAAUAAAGUGUUCCCCUUCGUUGAACACAGUUGUCGUGUGGGACCAGAAGAAUGUAAAGUAGAGGCUGGAGACUGUGCCGAGUAUACAAGAUUACGCGAAUGUUGUUGCCAUUCGUAUUUAGCAUCUGUGUGGAAAUAUUUAGCAACUGGUCAAGGAUCUCGCAAUUAUGCAAAUUUAAUAAUGUUCCUUACGAUACUUCUACUGGUGCUCGGAUUAUACUUAUAACGAUAAAAUCUUAUUAGAAAAGCAUUACCAAAUAUUUUGUACAGUAACUCUCUUUAAAUAAAUUAUUUUUACAU